UUGUCACUCUCGGCUCGACACCGCUCCUUGAUGUGCUCGGGUGUGUUGGGGUCCUGCAGCCCUUGGGUGCAGCAAUCGAGCUGUCUGGCAGCGAUGGCAAGGGGCGUGUCGUUUGUGUAGCGCGUCCGUCUGUUGAUCUCGGCAGCAGGCAGCUUGCGGCAGAGGUAGCCGGCCACAUAGACUGAGCCAUAACUUGUGGCUUCGUGCAGUGGCGUCCAUCCAGUGCGGUCGUCUGCCGUCAUGUCGGCCCCGUUCGCUGUAAUGAGGUCCAGGUAGGCGUUGAUGAAGGACUGGGGAUAGUGCGCAUUUGAGUGGAUGGCUGCCUUGUGCACCAGGUUUUCGCCAUUGUCGAAUCGUUGGGUUGCGAGUGUGGGGUCUCGUUCGAUGAGUUGCCGAUACAUCGACAGCAGCUGCUGCAGAUACUCGGGGGGAGGCUGACGAUGCAGACGGGGCAGCUUCCACAAGUACAGGUCGAUGUGACGCACCAUGAGGGUGUCGAAGGCCGUCUGGUUGCCGGAUGCGAUCGCCAAGCAAAUGGGCAGCUCGAGGUCGCCUUGGUCAUUGGCUAGGUGGUUGGGGUCGACGCCUCCGUCGAUGAGUGCGGUCAGGAUGGCCGCCUGCAGCUCGUCAGACGACCACUGGGGCAGGGCCACGGGACGGGGGUCAUAACCACCAUCAUCUACUUGGAUGGUCGGGACGGCAUGAUCCGACUUGUUGUCAAUGGCGAGAAGGACCAGCGACUAUUGAAUGCCAGCACACCCGCUGCCCUUCUGCCGCAGCCGAGGCUCGACAU